AUGCCGAACGUGAGUAAACAGCCCUGCUGUGCUCCUCUCCAAGCUCAGCCGGCUUUCGGGGGUUCUCCUGCGCCAUGCCGUCUCCAGGCCUGUACUGGGAGGUGCUCCUCUUCCUCCUCUGCCUCGGCUUCCACCUCGGCGCUGCUCUCAACGCCAUCCACUGCGCCCCAUGUACUGAGGACAAGCUCGCCCUGUGCCCGCCGGUGCCGGCCGCCUGCCCCGAAACGGUUCGCCAGCCGGGCUGUGGCUGCUGCUACACCUGCGCACUCCAGCAAGGGGAGGCCUGUGGGGUGUACACGGAGCAGUGUGGUCAAGGACUCCGCUGCCGUGUGCCCCCUGGGGAACCCAAGCCGCUCCGGGCCCUCCUCCGCGGGCAGGGGGCUUGCCUCAGCGUUGUCGACACGACAGAAGAGACAGACUCUGUAGAAGCAGAGGAUGUACCCACCGAAGGCUCUGAGGUAACGGCUGACCAACUGUACAACUACCAUCCGAUGUUUCCUGUUGGCCAGGACAAGUCAGUCCUGUGGAAUGCCAUCAGCGCCUAUGAAAGCAUGAAAGCAAAGAGGCUCUCUGAACUGAAGAGGUGGAAGGAGCAGGGACCUUGUCAAAAAGAACUCUACAGGGCUCUGGACAAGUUAGCCAAAGCUCAACAGAGAACCGGAUAUGAGAUCUUCAGAUUCUAUUUGCCCAACUGUAAUAAGAAUGGAUUUUACCAUAGCAAGCAGUGUGAGACCUCACUAGAUGGAAGCCCUGCUGGAUGCUGGUGUGUUUAUCCGAAAAACGGGAAGAGGAUUCCUGGGUCCCCCGAGCCGUCAGGCGACCCUGACUGUGAGCAGUAUCUCAGCAUGCAAGAAUAAGACCCUAACGUGCUGCGAAUUGUUGACAACCAGAUCUCAAAUCUCUUGCACACUUAAGCAUCUUUAUUCUGGAGCCAAGACAUCUUCCUGUUGACGAUCCUUUAAACCCACGAUUGGCUAACCUCCCCAGUCUUAUGCAUGCUUACUCAGAAGUACAAAACCCCCCACCGUGGGUACUUACUCCAUGAAAGUGUGCCCGAGAUGGCAACUUUUAGGUAAUAACGUUGCGGUUAGUUGGGAAGAUAUGAGAAAUCGUUGUCUGCUUGCGUCGUCAAAGUUGGGCGUGACGGUUAAAGGUAGCAGAAGCGGUCCUUCACACCUCCGAAU